CUCUUGUCUGCGGAGAACGUGGCUGCCCCGCGGGCCGCGUGUCUGGCCACGGCAGGGUAGGUUCGCCCGGAGCCACGGCUCGGGUACGCGGGCAGGCUUAGCCGGCCCCCUUCCUGCAGGAAGUAAAUGAAACGUCCGGGUCAAUGGCAGCAAACACGACGACGGGGGCGGGUCGGGGAGCCAGAGGCAGCCGAGGAGCUGGGCGGGCAGAGCCUGCGGGGAGCUGGACACCUGCGGUCCCCGACCUCCCCGGAGUGCCAUGUGCAUAGGACAUGAGGCGCUCUGCCGCGCCUGCUGCCCCCGUGCAUAGCCCGCUGCGGGCAGCAUCUGCUGGGCCGGCCGGAUCCUGGGGCUGCGGCUUCUCUCGGCCCCCGAGCUGCGCGGCUCAGCCGUAAAGUCUCUGCCACAGCUGCCGCCCGUUCCCAGGAGGAGGAGGAUGCUGCACGGAGCCUGGCCCUAAGCUAUGGAAGGAGUCCUGUACAAGUGGACCAAUUAUCUGACAGGUUGGCAGCCUCGCUGGUUUGUUUUAGACAAUGGAAUAUUGUCCUACUAUGAUUCACAGGAUGAUGUUUGCAAAGGCAGUAAAGGAAGUAUAAAGAUGGCAGUAUGUGAAAUUAAAGUUCAUCCAACAGACAACACAAGAAUGGAGUUAAUCAUCCCAGGGGAACAGCAUUUUUAUAUGAAAGCAGUUAAUGCAGCUGAGAGGCAAAGAUGGCUGGUAGCACUGGGUAGUUCUAAAGCCUGUUUGACAGAUACCAGAACAAAAAAAGAAAAAGAAAUUAGUGAAACCAAUGAAUCUCUUAAAACCAAAAUGUCCGAACUUCGCCUCUACUGUGAUCUCUUAAUGCAGCAAGUUCAUACAAUACAAGAAUUUGCUCACCAUGAUGAGAGUCGCUCAUCUCCCAGCACUGAGAACAUGAAUGAAGCCUCCUCCUUGCUCAGUGCCACAUGUAACACAUUUAUUACAACACUUGAAGAAUGUGUGAAGAUAGCUAAUGCCAAGUUUAAGCCAGAGAUGUUUCAGCUGCCUCAUCCAGAUCCCUUAGUUUCUCCUGUGUCACCUUCACCUAUUCAAAUGAUGAAACGCUCCAUUAGCCAUCCGGGUACAUACAGUUCAGGGAGUAGUAACGCCACAAAAGAACCAAUUUCUUCAUUCCACCGGUUAUCCCAACGACGCAGAAGAACAUACUCUGAUACAGAAUCCUGUAAUGAUAUUCCUCUUGAAGAUACAGAGAGACCUGCUCACUGUUCCAGAAGUGCUCUCAAUGGACACUUGGCACCAUCAACCAUUCCUGAAGAAAACAGAUCAGUUUCAAAGAAAAGACCUGAAUUGGAAGAGACUCUUCCAUCCUCUUCUUCCUGAAGAAACUGCAGUAUUUCUAUAAGUAAUGCUAUGCAAAAGCUGCUGUAAUUAUAUUAUUGUUAUAGGGAGUAGUUAUUUCCCUUUUAGAAGGAUUUUUCUGCACUUUAUAGAAUAAUGUAAAAACUAACUUUGAAGUGUAUUUUAUCUUUAUAUAGUUUUAUUUGCAAGAGUAUUUUCCUAAUGACUUCACAGUUUGAACGUGCAUUUUUUUGGAACAAAUAAUGGCUUAACAGAUAGGCAUCUGCAUUUGUAAGUGUAGCUCUUUUCUAAACAGUGUGUUUGUCUGAGAGUUUAACAAACCUGCAGAUUUUAAAUCUUGAAGAAGGUUUCAGAUGGGGUGGGGGGGGUAUGAUGUCACUUGUGCCAUGGACCAGCUGGUCAUUUGUACAAAGUUAGGAUCCGGUCUUGCAGUCCUUGUGCACUCACUGUUCUCCUUGAAUGGGAAUUUUGCUUGUGUAAGAAGUAAGGGAUUGAGUCCCUAAUAGGUUACUGUAGCAGCUUGAUGGUAAUUUUAAUAUUGCCUUCCUUUAAAAACACAAGGAAAUACAUAAUCUGAUCCUUAUUUUUAGCCAGUUGAAAGUAGAAAUAUCUCAUGUAUUUUUCUAAAGAAAUGUAUAAAAAGUAACUUAUCUGCAUAUGAAGCAUUUGUACCAAACAUUGGGUAUUUAACAAAUUUUAUUUAUUUAUUUUUUUGCAUAAAAAAUUUCUACUUACUUCAUUACUAAAGGUCUACAGGCUUCAAGAUGUACACAAAUUGUUGCUGAGGUGUGUAGCAUCACUGAAUAGCUAAUGCAGUACUGUUUACAUUUACUCUGCUCAUUUCAAGUAAGACACAUUUUUAACAAAGUAUUAUUUUAGUGUUUGCUUCUAAAAUAGACUGUUAAACUACUGUUGUAAGUAUAAAUAUUUGUAUCUCUACAUACUUUAUUUAUGAUGUAUUUAUACAAAAGGGGACUUCUGUUUAUUAUGACUCCCAUAUAUCACUUCACUAUGGCAUAAAUGUAGAGCUAGAAUCUGAUCUCAGUUAUACUUGUGAAAACUAUCAGAGGGGUAGCUGUGUUAGUCUGGAUCUGUAAAAAGCAACAGAG